GCGCUCUCGCACGGCGGCGGCGACGUCGAUGGUGGCGGUGACCGGCAAACCACGACCGACGGACACACGGCGAAUAUUAUGAUGAUGAUAAUAUCGUCGUAACAAUAUUAUGCGGAAAAGCGUUAGGCCGCCGAAGAAAACGAGAAAAACGAUACACGGACGUCGGCUUUGAGAUAGCGCUGGAUGUGAAUAUACAUGCGUAUGGCAUACACGUCCAAUCAAAUAAUAUUCUUUUUCACAAUUUCACCGAAAAUUGUUGAUCUCACUGUAUAAUUAUAAGAGGCGUAACGAAAGUUCCCGUUUUUAAUUCUUCGGACCGUUGGAUUGAUUUAACAAACGGGCUGAGGUGGGUGGGAGCUCAUCCGCAUUUUGAACUUAACGAGAGCACCUCUACUUUGUGAAGAACGUAACACGUAUCGAAUAAACAAGAAACAUGAAGCGGCAGAAUGUGCGCACACUAUCUCUAGUAGUUUGCACGUUUACAUAUUUGUUAGUAGGAGCUGCUGUGUUUGAUGCAUUGGAAUCAGAAACUGAGAGAAAAAGAUGGAAUCACCUUUUAGAACUAAAGGCAGCUUUGGUGCAAAAAUACAGCAUAAGUGAAGAUGAUUACAGGAUGAUGGAGGUUGCCAUCAUUGAAAAUAAGCCUCACAAAGCUGGACCACAAUGGAAAUUUGCGGGCGCAUUUUAUUUCUCCACAGUCGUUUUGGCUAUGAUCGGUUAUGGACAUUCAACACCAGUGACAAUAGGUGGAAAAGCAUUUUGUAUGGCAUACGCUAUGGUGGGCAUACCAUUAGGACUUAUUAUGUUCCAGAGUAUUGGUGAACGUUUAAAUAAAUUUGCGUCCGUAGUUAUUAGAAGGGCUAAACAGUACUUAAAAUGUAAAAAGGAAGAAGCCACGGAAAUGAAUCUAAUGUUUGCUACUGGACUGCUGUCAUCGGUCAUCAUUACCACUGGCGCGGCCGUGUUCUCAAAAUACGAAGGAUGGAGCUAUUUUGAUAGUUUUUAUUAUUGUUUCGUUACGCUCACCACCAUUGGUUUCGGAGAUUACGUCGCAUUACAGAACGAUCAAGCUUUGACGACAAUGCCCGGGUACGUGGCGCUUAGCUUGGUGUUUAUUUUGUUUGGACUCGCCGUUGUUGCCGCCAGCAUCAACUUAUUGGUACUGCGUUUCAUGACCAUGAACGCAGAGGAAGUGAGGCGCGAGGACAACGAGCUUCAGGGGGUGUCGCAACACGUAAUCACCGUCGACGGCGAAGCAGUGACGUCCGUCAACGGCAAACUGUUGGCCGGACACACGAUCGGCCGGGAUGCGGGUGACGACGUGGACCAGGUGUCCGUGUGCUCGUGCACGUGUGUGGGACCGGUGCAGUACGACUACAACCGGGACAUACGACCUGCGGAACGGGCGGCCGCGAACGCUGCAGCCGCGGCCGCCGUGGUCUACAACAGCCCGCCGACCGAACAACCCCUGUUGUCCCUGAAGAGGGUGUCCAUAUAAACAGUAAAUGGCGGCGUCGGAAAUUGAGGGUGGUUUUAGUGUGUCGGGGCGGCAGCGCUGUAAUGUGAUCGUACAGAGACGUAUUAUUACUAUUAUUAUUAUUAUUAUUAUUAUUAUUAUUAUGAUUAUACAUUCACCCUCCCCCUAAAACUCUACAUCGCGAAAAGUAAUAUGGCCCCAAAGCCUGUUCGUCAUCGCAGCACUACACGUUCGAUCCGAAAUAUAUAAACGCGUAGAGACGUAUUAUUUUAUUGUACAGGGUCGUUCAAAAGUCUUCCUAGGAUUUCGAAAAUCAAUGUUUACUCUAAACCCGAUGGCGGCGCGAGAGUAAAGUAAAAAAUAAUCAAGCUCCCAUAAAGCGCGUCACAAAACACGUUCGAAUAUGCGAACUAUCGGCCCGGCACAAGUCUAUACGCGGUAGGUAUUCAAAAUACAGCUUUGGUAUUCAAAAUACGGCGUUGUUUUUCAUGCUUCCAUAUCGGUAAGCCAACCGACAGUAGUUCGCCAAUCGUUACAAACGUUCGUGAGACACGCGUUUGUCAGCAACUAUGGUACGUGGAAAAAAAAAAAUUAAACGAAAAUAAACUCGACCAUCUCAUGUUCACGAGAAUGGUGUAUAGGUGAAGGCUUUUGAAUCGCCCGUAUAUACUCAACAAUAUACGCAUAUAGUUUUCUAUUAAUAACCAUACGUCCCGACCGUGUCUUACGGUUGACAUCAUUCAUGAUAUUCUAUGGAAACUCGAACCUUACGCUUUGCCCUUGUUUUACAUUAAAAUACAUUUUUUUUUUUAUUGUUUCUGGAGUUUGAGGGAAAACAUUAAGGUACAUAUUAUUUUAAGGUACGCGCUGUCGUCCCCAUCGAAUACAUACAUACGUACGUUACACAGUUGUCGCAGUUAAGAAUAUUUUCGUUUAUUUUUCGCCAACCCAAUCGUACCUAUUAUUUAUUCAUAAAGUUUAGGAUAUGUCAAUUAUUAAUUUUUAUUUUUAUUUUUACGAUUGAAUCUUUUUGUUGUUAUACACUAGUUUAAAGCAAACGUUUUCAUUAUCUCUAGAAUACCAGAAUAUAUUAAUUAAUUAUAAUUGUGGAACUUGUAUUUUUCCUAUUGAACACUUCUAUUGAACGAUUAUCACUGUUAGUUUAGUAAAUUAUAAACGUCCUUUUUGAACUAAUCGUUAUCAUAAAGCUUUUGUCCGCAUAAAUGUAUGUCACAGUAACCGGAAAGUGAUUGGCGCCACGGUCAUUUACCGAUAACCGAGCUUGGCACACACACAUUUAAUAUUAUUUAAAAACAAUUUGUGCUCAUACGACGAACGGUUAAAAUAUCAUAAUAUACCAUGUUUCUAUUUUUCGAUAAAGUCGUAAUAGACCUAUAUCGUUGUUUAUUAUUUUAUAGUGAAAAGUUAUUUUUUAGUUUUAUUUAAUUCUGUUUUUAUGACUAUAUAAACAAUGUACAAUAUACAAUGUGUUAUAGUUAUAAUAUUAUUUGUGUGAUCACUACGACGGAUAACUUGACGUACGCAAACCCAUUUAAAUCACGAACAUUGUUUUUUUUUUUUUUUAUUAUUAUUAUUACAACCGUAGAAACUAUAACAGUUUUAAAUCUUUGAGUCUAAAACUAAACGUAUUCAUAUUACUUUAUUAUAUUUUUGUUUUAAAAUUUUAACCGAAUAUAGUUAUUUCAUGAAAAUAUAUUAAACA